AUGGACAAAGUCGAAGUAACCAUGGAGGAAGAAGAGACAACAAUUGCAAACAAAGAGGAGCAAAAUUUGAUUCAAAUCCAUGAUGAUUACAAGAAUCCUGGUGCUGUUGCUGAAUGGGAGGAUUUUUUGAAGUCGGCUCACUACAGUGCAGUUCUUCCUGCAGGAUAUCUCGAAGUUCAAAAACUCCAAGAUGACCCGACAUUCUGCAUUCAAACCUUCCUUGACCCAUUGGAGAUGGAAGCUCGGUGCGCAACUCUCAUCACACAAUUCCAUGCUUUCAAGGGCAUUCCCCAGCAAACUCGACUACGUGUAUCCGAUCUUGCUUACUACAAUCUUGCGCAUGACACUGCUGAGACCGAAGUUUGGCGUGGAAUUCUCAACUUUCGUCGACCCGAUGCGACAUACCUCAAAGCUUCUCCUCAAUCUCAAAAAUGCGGAGACAGUUCCAUGGAAGAUCAUCCUGCUAAGGAAAGCUGGCACCCAGUCUUUGGCCACUUGGUUCGUCCUAUUCCCCGAGAGCCAAGCCUGAGAAGCUGGGGAUCGGAAGGUGAUCUUGCUGCUUUUCGCUGCGAGGGCACUUCUGCAAGACUCACGCGCGCACCCACUUUUGGUAGUAGCACUGCUUCAGAUCGCCAAUGGGUCUCGAAUGUCCUAAACGGUUACCUCAACGUUUCGGACGAGUGGAUCGUACACGAUGAGACUGGAUCGACUUCUCGUGGUCGUUCAGAGAGCGUUAUCAGCAAUUGCUCUGCACUCAUCAACCAUGAUCACGAGUGUACCGCUCCCUCGAACCUCUUCCCUGCUUCGCCCGUCAUCAACCUUGGUCCUGCUCCAGCUGCAACAGGUAUUGAAUAUACUGGCCCCAAUCCAUCAGCAACCCUCGACCAACGCCUGGACGAUCACGCAGAUGCACCUAUCGCCAGCGAGGAGGGAGACUUGGAGAGUGCUAGCCGUCGCAGAGUUGAGCGCCCCUACCUCAUCAUCUUCGUAAUUGUCAUGACCUGCUUCGUUGCCGGCUCAAUUGCUGCUAUUAUUGGAGCAUUUGUUUUCGCUGCUAGAAGAGGUAUCCUUUAG